UUUAGCUAAAUCUAUGCGUAAAAUAGUUGAAUUAGCGUCGGGUUAGCCGGAAAACGACACUGCUGUCGAAGUGCAGAUAAUUAUAAUUUACAAUAAAGCAAAAUGUCUGCAGUUGAGCAUUUGAGAGAGUUUGUCAACGAGCGACUAACUGCUGCUGCUGAAGAAAUAUUCGGAGCUUUUAAAAAAGCUGUCAUCGAGUACGAAGAAGAGAUCGACCGACAGCGGAGACUUUUGUCAGAUAUAGUUUGGAAACCUGAUAUAAAUGUACACACGACAGAUCUCCCACAGCAACAUGUCUGUAAGGAGGAGGAGGGUCUACCUGACCAGCUGCUCUGUAAUCAGGAGAGAAGCUCCAGUAGUUUGGACCAGGAAGACCCAGAACCUCCAGAGGAACAGGAGGAAGUGUGCACCAGUCAGGAGGGAGAGCAGCUUGUAGUUAAGCAGGAGACUGACGCCUUCAUGUUGACUCCUACUUGUGAGGAAAGUGACCACAGUAAAGAUCAGACUCUGAACUUGAGCGUAAAUGAAACUCGGAGUGUGUCGGAGGAAAAACAUUUAAACUACAUUUCUGUUAAAAACUCUGUGGCACCAGAAGCAAACACCGGCCACCAGCUCUUCUCUCACAACUUCCAAGGAGCCGAGAGCCAAUAUCGCAAAAGAGCCAAGAAGAAGCCCAAGUUGAAAAGCUGCCCCAACUGUGGAGUAAACAACAACGCCAGUCGGAAAACGUGUGUGAGCUGUUAUGUUUGCCUCCUGCAAAGAAAGACUAUUAAAGAAAAGGAAACCGCACUAAAGACAGGAAACUGGGCUCAGAAGACUCUGAAACACAGAAACGGUGCCAGAGUUGUGGCCUCAGCCCACAUAGCAGUGAGUAAGCUUGCUGCUUUGGGCUACAACCCCAUUUUGUUAAUCGGGAAGCAGAAGAAAGGGGUGAAUUCAGUGACGGCAGAGACGAUCACACACAUGUGUCCUGGAGGAGACGGACCCAUGAAACCGUUUGUAGAAGAAAUGAGCAGGGCCUAUGAGUACAUUGUCAAAAAUUCUAACAAGAUUCAGUCGACAGAAGCUCCCGCCCCUCUCCCCCCUCCACAGUCCAACACUUCUCCCUUCCAGUCCUCUUUUCCUCCCCAUCCACCACACCCUUCCACCUUUCUGUCCCCGUCUUCUUCUCAUCCACCAACGGAGACGAAUACUGUUACUCUCAGCCAUGUCCCCUCAUCACUGAGCACACAUCUACCCCCCGCACCUCCUCCUGCUCAACAAAACAUCGACAAAAGUGUGCCCACACAACACUGCCCGGCUCCCACACCAUCCAUCUCUCUGAGUACAGGUGGAGGGCAGCAAAUGAAGAGGAAGAAAGGUGUGCCCACACAGCCCUCCCCUUCUACCAGACCAACCAUCUCCCUGACUACAGGGUCUACCAGCAGUGCAGGUGAAGGGCAGCAAAUUAAGAAGAAGAAAGCAUCAUUAUAGGGUGGAGGCACAGCUCAAAGCAGCAUAUAUUCUACUCUGACUGAAUUAAAGACAAAAGAAUAAAGGAGUGGGAAAACCUGAGAAGACACUUUGGAUCAGAUAUUUAAAUGACAUUUUAUGUAUUUUGUCAACAUAAUAAAACAAAGCAUUGACAACAGGCUUUAAAGUUAUUGAGAAUAUAUAUAUUGCAUUGCUGCUAUAUUGAUGAUGUGUAAGCAUCAUAAAUGGUAUAUAACUUUGGCUCGUUCAGAGAAAAGGUGAACAUAGAUGUCUAUUUUGCCAUUCGUUAAUAAUAUAUAUGUGGGUGUGUAAAAAUAAAGAUUUUCUUUAUUUA